GAGAAAGGUUAGUUAGCUGAACUUGACAGCAAUGGCUGCUUCUCUUCUAUGUCUCUUCCAGCCAAACUUCUCACUCCCCAAAAAGACCGUAAAGCCCCAUUCUGUUCUCCACAAAUCGAGCAAAAUGAGGGUGCCCUAUGAGUUAAAGCAGGGGCAGAACCGCCUUUUUCAUCAGCUUCCAUCUGGGCUGAACAUGGAGGUCAUUGAGCAGAAGGCUAAUAAUGAAGACCCACGUACGAGAAGCAGAGAAAACCCACCUUUAGUUUUCGUUCAUGGAAGCUACCAUGCGGCUUGGUGCUGGGCUGAGCACUGGUUGUCCUUCUUUUCAAGCUACGGUUAUGAUUGCUAUGCCCUUAGCUUGUUGGGUCAGGGUGAAAGUGAUGGACCAGCUGGUUCUUAUGCUGGUUCUCUACAGACACAUGCAGGUGAUGUUGCUGACUUCAUCCACAAAAAACUGAAAUUGCCACCAGUAUUGCUUGGACAUUCAUUUGGAGGGCUAAUUAUUCAGUACUACAUUGCAAAGAUAAGAAAUGAAAAAUUAAUAGAAGUGAAGAAGCAGUAUCCUGAUCUUGUUGGAGCUUCACUUAUCUGUUCUGUACCUCCUUCAGGCAAUAGUGGGUUAGUCUGGCGGUAUCUGUUUUCCAAGCCUAUUGCUGCUUUUAAGGUGACUCGCAGCUUAGCAGCCAAAGCUUUUCAAACUGAUCUCCCUCUUUGUAGGGAAACAUUUUUCACAUCAACAAUGGAGGAUCAUUUGGUGAUGCGUUACCAGGAGCUAAUGAGAGAAAGUUCAAGAAUGCCAUUGUUUGAUCUACGGAAGUUAAAUGCAUCUCUUCCAGUUCCUUCAGUGCCAAAAUCUUCCAUUGAGGUCCUUGUGGUCGGUGCAAGUGAUGACUUCAUAGUGGAUGCCGAAGGACUCGAUGAAACAGGAAGAUUUUAUGGUGUGACACCAAUCUGUGUUAAAGGAGUUGCUCAUGACAUGAUGUUAGAUUGUUCAUGGGAGAAAGGCGCGAAAGUUAUCUUGUCAUGGUUAAAUGGUUUGAGAACAUAGAAUGUCAUUCCAAAGGAAUUCAUCAGUGCACAGAAUGGCAUUUUCCUCAAAACUAGUGUGUCUGGGCAAAUGCAAGUGAGAGUUGUACUGAAUGUAGCAUAAUCUGAUAAGCAUUAUAGUUUUGGAGUUUUCAGUGUGUGCGGAAACUGUUAGAAUAAAGAAAAUUAGUUGUUGUAUGGAUUAAAAGAGACUGAUGUAUUAUUCUUUUUAAGUACGAGACUAAUCUCGUUCCAUACUUCGUUGUUUUCCCUUAUAAAUACUUUUUUUAGGGAUUGAAUCUUUGAUCAUCCCUUAACUUUAA